UAGUUUAACAAGGUUUUAUCGAAAGUUUAUUUAAAACAUUUCACAUUAUACGUUUUAUUUCCAGCGUCCUCCGUCACCCAACUAGUAUAAUUGUAGUUUUCAAAAGGCUAAAAUCUAUUUUUUUUCUUUGGAAAUGACUUUUGGAAAGUGUUGGUAAUCCACAUUUUAGUUGUUGCCAGUCGUAUGGCAACUGUGUCUGCUCGUGGUAGAUCAGUUCGUGACUCUGCUCUCUCCUCUGCGCCCAGAUCUACUCUAGGCUCAUUUCCAGGGUUUUCCUCCCAGAGAGAUGAAACGGAAGCAAUAACUGUUACUGGACAAGACACACCACCACCACCGGGUAUCAGUGUUGCCCCAGGUUCCUGCCCCAGUUGUAAGAUUGGUGACCUUCACAAUGUGUAUCCCACCUGUGGUAUAUGUGCAGCCAUCUGUCUCUUUCCCCUGGGACUGGCAGUACCUUACCUGCUACGUGGGCAACGAUGUGACGUCUGUGGCUACGUGGCUGGAAGGUAGAAGACACAAGUCACCUAGGAAGACCUUAUUUCUAAUUAGUUUUUAACAGUUUGAGGUACUGGAAAGUAUUCUGAAAAUACCUUAGAUA